GUCCUCGACACCCCUAAAUACGAGUAGACUGGCUACAGCAGGUUUUGUCAACUGCUCUCCAAGAGACGAUGUCACGGCCGACAUGGAGCUCAGCUGUUUGGAGCGCAUUCCCCCUCUUGCCAAGAGUUUUGGGCAUUGACCAGCAGCCGAGGAAAGGCCUGCAGGGCGCAGUACUUUCGAGGAAUACCUGUGUCAUUGGUUCGGGGUUGGGAACUCCACUGACUUUCUGAGCAAGUAACGGAGACAGUCGCACGCGCUAGAGCGUACCAGUUGACCGAGCCGUCGAGAGGGACCGGAUAAGAAGCUUGGGAUGCCUCCUUCCAAUAGCGAAAGUAUGGGGAAGUCGGCCAUGCCAAAGGACGUGACGCCCAGCAUCACUGUGGGUGCACGUUGCUACAUCCCGGACGACGACGCCGCGUGGCUCCCCGUGUACGUCGAGGAAGUGAACGAGGCUAAGGGCCUCGUGACGGUUAGAAUCCAGCGUCCACGAAAGGAUCAGCAGAACGAGGACGCGGCUGACCAUGACGACGCCGACAGGACUGGCGAGAGCCGAGUGGUGGCCAUGGAUGUCGGAUUUCCUCUGCAGAACGCGCAGCUUUCUCGCUACGACGAAGGACUGGACAAUAUGAUCGAUCUGAAUCAUCUACACGAAGCUGCUAUUCUGCGGAACCUCAAGAAGCGCUUCCGAGCUCGGAUGCCAUACACUUACACCGGAGAUAUCUGUCUCGCAGUAAACCCGUACCAGUGGCUGGAUGAGCUGUAUACUCCUGGACUUCACAAGAAGUACUUACAAGCUCGCAAGCGACAGGAUCUGCCGCCUCACGUGUACGCGGUGUCCGUAGCGGCUUUCAGGCAUAUGUGUGAUAACGGUAGUAACCAGAGUAUCCUCGUGAGUGGAGAGUCCGGCGCUGGAAAGACCGAGACGACCAAAAUUUUGAUGGACAAUCUGGCUACCAUUGCACCGGCCCCAACUGCUACCGUCAGCGAGCAGGAACACAGCAUCACCACUCGUAUUAUCCAGGUGAACCCGCUGCUGGAGAGUUUCGGUAACGCAAAGACCACGCGCAAUGAUAACUCUAGUCGCUUUGGCAAGUUCACACAGCUGCAGUUCGACAAGAAGCACGCUCUCUGCGGUGCUCAAUGUGAGACGUAUCUCCUGGAGAAGACCCGUGUUAUCUCACAUGAACGCGGUGAACGCAACUACCAUAUUUUCUAUCAACUUCUGCAUGGUACUACGGACGAAGAGCGUGACGCGUUGGGUCUUGGUGACGAGGCUCCAAGGUUUGCGUACCUGGAAGAAAAGGAACCCCAACAAGAGAACCGGCCAGGACGAAAACCAAAGCUCAGUCAGCCGCCGCCACCAAAACCAGCGGCUGUGAUUGAAGCCGAGAACGCCAAAGACCGAGCUCUAUUUGCCAAGACACGACAGGCGCUCUCGUUGCUUGGACUUGCCCCCGAACAACAGAAUGAUUUAUUUCAGGUCCUGUCAGGUAUUUUGCAUUUGGGUGAGGCUCAGUUCGUCGCAAACCCGAACAAUGACGAAGCUUGCGACUUAGAGAAGGACUCAGUGAUCUAUUCGAGCACACUACUAGGCUUGAACCCGGAUACUAUGGCAAAGGCGCUGACUCACCGUACUAUGAAGGCUGCUGGAGAGGUAUACUUGGUCCCGCUGACAGUUGAGCAAGCUAAGGCUGGACGUGACGCACUAGCUAAGGCUAUCUACGCCAGUAUCUUCGACUGGUUAGUAGCUGGUAUCAACGCAAGUCUGGGCGCUGCCGCUCGACUUACUGCGAACACGAUCGGCGUCCUAGAUAUCUUCGGCUUUGAGAGUUUCGAGCACAAUUCGUUCGAGCAGCUUUGCAUCAAUUAUGCCAACGAGAAGCUGCAACAGAAGUUCACCCAAGAUGUGUUUAAAGCUGUGCAGGAGGAAUAUGAACGCGAGCAGAUCACAUGGGCUCACAUCGCAUACGCUGACAACAGCGAGACUCUUGCUCUGAUUGAAGGUCGCAUGGGUGUGUUGGCCCUACUGAACGAGGAGAUCGUGCGACCUCGUGGCAAUGAAGAAGGCUUCGUGAGUAAGCUGUCAGGCGCUUAUCUUAAGCAGAAGAAGCUGAUUGAGUUCCCACGCAUCUCCAAGACGCAGUUCGCUAUUCAUCACUACGCUGGCACAGUCAAGUACGAGGCGAUGGGAUUCUUGGAGAAGCAUAAGGACGCAUUGCUGUCGGACUUGUCAGAUUUAAUGUGUGGCAGUCACGAAGCAUUCCCUCAAAUGCUGUUCAAGGUCAAAGCAGAGAUGGAAGCUGCAGCUGCUGCAGAGUUAAAGCGCUCGAGUUCGGGACGGAAAACUGGAGGAGCAGGAGGCGACAAGACGGUGGGAAUGCAGUUCAAACAAUCUCUGAACUCCCUAAUGACCAACAUCAACGAGACGAACGUCAACUACAUUCGGUGUAUCAAGCCAAACAGCGUCAAGAGCUCUACCGUUCUUGAGGACAAGAUGGUGGCCAACCAGCUACGUUGUGCUGGUGUCAUUGAAGCCAUUUGUAUCGCCCGUGCUGGGUACCCGAACCGGUUACUACAUGCUGAAUUUGCCGAGCAGUUCGACAUCUUUUUGAAGGAGAAGGAGCAGAACCAACUCAAGGACGAGCCUGAGAAAAACGGCGCUCCUUUCUGCCGAGAUUUAGUGAAGCAGUUCAAGCUGGAAAUGCCCGAGGAGUAUCAGAUGGGUGUGACCAAGAUCUACCUACAGAAAGGUGUGCUGGAGAAGCUGGAGCAUGCCAAGGCGCAGAAACUCUUUGCGUAUGUGGCUCUCAUCCAGGCUCAGUGGCGCGGGAUGCGUGCACGCUGUCAGUACUACGAGAUGCGCGACGCGUUGAUCGAGAUCCAGCGCCGUGUCAAGGUUUUCGUCACGAGAUGUCGCUUCAUUCGGGCGAGACUGGCCAUCGCUUUGAUCCAGCGCGUGUAUCGUGGAUACGUUGGACGCUGCGAGUUCCACGCCGUGCUGUGCGAGCACUGCGCUCUUGAGAUCCAGCGCGUGUGGCGCGGACAUCAGGGACGCAAGAUUCACUUUGCUGCUCUGUGUGAGGCUCGAGCCAAGCAGAUCCAGCGCAUGUGGCGUGGCCACAAGGGCCGCCAGAUCUUCCACGCUGUGCUGUGCCAGACUCGAGCUGUGCGUCUGCAGUGCUUCGCUCGACAAUAUCUGGCUCGCCAGGAGCUGUACAGACGACGCGCUGCGUACAUCGCUAAGCUCGAGAGAGAGGAGCGUGAACGUGUGGAACGGGAGCUGGAGGCUGCCAGACAGCGCAAGCUGGCAGAGGAGCGUGAGCGACAACGCAAGCUGCAGGAAGAGCUGGCUAGACUGGAAGAAGAACGUCGACUGGAGGAGCAGCGACAGCUUGAAAUCCUUCGAGAAGAGAGCGCGUUGGUCAUCCAGACACACGUUCGAGGCUACUUUGCUCGAUGUGUGUUUGCCGAGAUGGUACAGCAAGCCGAGGAGGAAGAGCGACGCCGUCGUGAAGAGGAAGAGGAGCGUGAACGACUCCGCUUACAACGUGAACACGACGAGCGUGAAGCUCAGCGUCUUGCAGCGGAGGAGGCAGCUCGCGAGAAGCAGAGAUUGGCCGAGGAACGCAAGCGCAAGGCGAUCGCCAUGCGUCUGCGACGUGAGAAAGCGGUCACGGUCAUGCAGCGUGUGGUUCGUGGUCACUUGGCCAGGAAGCAGGUGAACCAAAUGAGGGAAGAGGUCCGACAGCGAGAGGAAGAAGCGCAUAGGAUGGCGGAGGAGAUCCGACGCAAAGAAGAAGAACGAAGAGAGGAGGAAGCAGCAGCGACGCGUCUGCAAAGCAUCCAGCGUGGCCGUUUGGCUCGUCAGCAGUUCUCCAAGUUCAGGAUCGAGAAGGCUGAGCAUGACGAUGAAAUCGAACGUGCUCGUAAGGAACAGGAGGAAGAAAUUGCGCGUGCGCGUAAGCAACAGGAGGAAGAGACCGCCCGAGCUCGUAGGGAACAGGAUGAAGAGAUCGCCCGAGCUCGCAAGGAACAGGAUGAGGAGAUUGCGCGUGUUCGUGAGGAGAAUAUGAGACUGAAGAAGCAGUUGGCAGAGCUGCAGAAGACCAAUAGUGAGCUGGAAGCCGUGGUGGCGGAGUACCGCUGCGACCGCGAUGUGGUCAAGGCCUCCAACAACCUGAAGGAGGUCGAGUUGACGCAGAAGUUGAACGUUCGACGCAAGGAAGUGGAGACUGCACGCGGUGAGUACUCGACAUUGUGCGACUUCCUUGAGAAGACUGGCAGUUCCCGUCGUGCCACGGAACCGGAAGACCUCAACUCGUCGGACAACUCGUCCGAUACUUCGUCGAACUAUGGCGAAGAGGAGAACGAACACUGGAAGGAGGAUCGACCUACCGUCAACGCAUUGGCUGCAUCCUAUUACGGCGAUGAUCGACCAUCCACUGAUAUCGCUAAGCUGCUCAGCAGUAGCCAAUCGCGCACUUCUCGACUAGCGAGCGCUAUGCAGCAGCGUCGUCAAAAGGCUAGCCAGGCAGUGCAGCAACGCAAGCAACAAGCUACGGCCGCUAUGCAACAGCGCAAGGAGGCUGCAGCCCAGCGCAAGGAGCAGCAGAAAGAACCGAGUGCUCCAUCCAUGCAGAAUGGCGCGACCGCCGUCACGAAAGCCAAAAAGUGGGCUGCCUUCGCUCGGAACAAGAAUGCCAAGAAGAGCAAAGCGGAGGCCACCACUCCGAUCGAGCCAAUCGAGUAAGUGUUCCCCCGUAAGUGUCAAAAGCUGCAGGGCGUUGACGGAUAGACGUUUACAAGUGUCAGCGCUUAGCAGAAGUAGUUAGUAUCUAUUACAAUUCACCUCGAAAUGAGAGAAUUUUUGAACAGCGUAACUAGUUUUCUGA